AAUUAAUUUGAUUCACUCUUUUCUUUGUUCAUAGUACUAUUUAUAUUUCUAUAACAUAAGAACCGGCAAUUCCACAUGAGGUAGCAAAACAGGAAAAUUUCCCUGUCAUACAUAUUAUAUGAUUGUGUUGUGCACGACAUAUUCAACUCAUUUUCAUGUUUUGAUCACAUAUUGGAAAGAGACAAGUUAGGUAGAGAGAGAGAGAGAAAAAAAUGGAUGUGAAGAAAAUAGUAGUGGUUGUAGAAGAUGUAGAUGCAGCUAGAACAGCUCUGAAAUGGGCUCUAUUAAACAUCAUUAGAUACGGUGACAUAAUCACACUUCUUCAUGUUUAUAAUUCCAAUUCCAACACAAGAUCAAAAGGUAGAAGUAGAAGUAGAGGUCGUCUUGUUCGUCUCAACGGUUUUCGAUUAGCACUUUCGUUUCAAGAUAUUUGCAACAAUUAUCCAAAUACAAAGGUUGAGAUUAUUGUGACAGAAGGGGACCAAGAAGGAACAAAGAUUGCUGCUACUGUUAGAGAGAUUGGUGCUUCUAUGCUUGUUCUUGGACUCCAUGAUCAUAGUUUUCUUUACAAAUUUACAAUGGCUCAUUCCCACAAUAAUUUCAACUGCAGAGUACUUGCCAUUAAGCAGUCUCAUCAUCAUGAUAUAUCAUCAUCGUCGUCAGUGGCUGUAUUAGACAGUUCAACCAACUUUGACUUUUCUCAGAUUGACAUUUCUAGAUUACAAGUUCCUUAUAUCCCUUCACCAAAAAUUCCAUACAGAAUAUGUCCAAACCCAUCUGCAAUUAUUUGGAGAUCAAGAAGAGCAAGGAGAAGCUGAUCAUGCACGUUCUAUGUUCAGAUACUACUUCACAUAAACAUUGUAUACAAAACAAAAGUACAAUUAAUUAAGAUAGUUGUAUAAUUUAGUAGUUGUUUAUGACAUGUCUUGAUAAUUUUCUGAUUGUAUAAAAGGAUUUGUUACACGAAUCUUGGGCAGUGUAGAUUAUGUCCAAGAGGUUAUGACAUGCCUCACUGACGCACCACAAUUUUCCUUACUUAUUCAUUACACGACAACCAUGUGUCACUUCCACCAUAACUUCUUCAUGGAACUAGUUGAAUUAUAAAAAUUAAGUGCAUUGUCUCA